AUGGCUGAAAAAGUAUCACUAUCAACUUAUCCAUAUUUAACAGAAUCAACAAAUGUAAUUAUUGAGUAUCCCGAAGAUGUCGAUGGAGAAAUUGAAAAUGAUGAAAUAAAUCAUGUAGGAUAUCCACUAGUACAACAACAACCAUCAAUUUUAUAUAGUUAUAAUAAUGGUCAUCAACAUUUUUCUCCACCGGUAUCAUCAUCAUCACGGCCAGCACAAUUUGAUUUAUUAUUAGGUGAUGAUGAAGAUGAUGGUGAACAUAAUUCAGCAUUAUUACUUAAUUUAACACCACCAACACCUGUAACUAUUCAACGUGUAUCAUCUGAAGAUGAAAUGAAUUUAUAUCUCAAACGUAAACGUGCUAAAUUUAUAGGACCAUAUUUAUUUGGUGAUGUUAUUGGGCAAGGUUCAUAUGCUAAAGUAAAAGAAUGUUUAGAUCGUCGAAAUCUAUGUCGACGCGCUGUUAAAAUUAUGCAACGUCGUCGUUUACGUAAAACUCCACAUGGAGAAAAAAUGGCUGCAACAGAAAUUCGUAUAUUAAAAAAGUUAAAUCAUCCAAAUAUAAUUAAAUUAUAUGAUUUUAUUCGAAAUGAUGAAAAACAAAAAUUAUAUUUAUUUAUUGAUUUAUGUGUUGUUUCAUUACAAGAAAUGUUAGAUGCUGAUAUACAACAACCAGUACAUAGAACUAAAGUAUUUCCAAUUUGGCAAGCACAUGGAUAUUUUAUUCAAUUAAUUAGUGGAUUAGAAUAUUUACAUUCAAAAUUUAUUAUUCAUAAUGAUAUUAAACCGGGUAAUUUAUUGAUUACUGUUGAACAUCAACUUAAAAUAACAGAUUUUGGUACAGCUGAACAACUUGAUAUGUUUAGUCCUGAUGAUACAAUCAAAAGAAGUCAAGGUACUCCUGCAUUCCAAUGUCCUGAAAUAGCUAAUGGUGAUGAUACUUAUAGUGGUUUUUCUAUUGAUAUAUGGUCAUGUGGUGUAACAUUAUAUAAUUUAGUCACUGGUCGUUUACCAUUUGAAGCGGAUAAUAUAUAUUUAUUAUUUCAAGCAAUUGGUACAGGUCUUUAUACAAUCCCUGAUGAUAUUGAACCGCAUUUAACAUCACUUAUACAUGGUUUAUUACAUAUUAAUAAAAGUGUACGUUUUACAAUCGAACAAAUAAAACAUCAUGAUUGGUUUCGACGACGACCACCACGUACAUUUGAUAUUAUACCAUUUCCUUCACAAGCAUUAAAUCGUUUUCAAACAUUUACAAUGUAUGAUUAUUUAACUGAAUUACAUCAACCAUCAGCAGAGAAUAGUGAAGAAGGAGGAGAACAACAACAACAACAACAACAAGAUAAUCUUAUUCCUAGUAGUUCAAUAUCAGUUUUACAUUCUCCAUAUGAUAAUCCACAAGAAAAAAUUGCUUAUGAAGAACAACCACCACUACAACGGCAACGUACUGGUCUUUCAAAACUUAGUUGUGGUUGUAGUCGAACUACCAGUACAAAUGAAAUUCAUCAAACAAAAGAUCCAAAUAGAGAACAUAAUCGUGUAUGUUCUAUAUCUUGA